GCGAGGAGCGAACACUAGUAGGGCUGACUCGCGCGCCUCCGAGCCUCCGCGACUCUCACAAGCAGCGGUUGUAUAUCGCCGAGCGCUACGCGUUCCACGCUCGUGUUGUUGCGCUCCCACCGUCGCCGCUACGCCGUAGUUGUGCCCGUGCAGUGACAACGCGCCGUGCUCCAACGUGUUGAUCCGUUCGGCCGAUUCCCCAAUCUCCUCCGCUCCACCGAAACGCAACCAUUAUCGACCACCGCCACCGAUUCCGUCUCUUUUUCCCCUUUCUCGUGUUUUUUCGUUUCUCAUCGCCGCAUCGAGCGAGGGAACAGGAGGAGGAGGAGGUGGAGGAGGAGGAGGAGGAGGAGGAGGAGGAAGAAGAAGAGGAAGAAGAAGAAGAAAAAGUUUCUUACGGACGCAGAUUGGCCCCUGAGAGAGUAUCCUCCUCUUUCCUCGGCCUUUUUUUUUUUCUUUUCACCAGGGGAGAGGAAGAGAGAGAGAGUUCACCCUGUUCGCAUCGUAACACGCCACUUUGGCCGAGCGCCAACCAUCUCCAGCAACGUUAGCGGCCACCUAGUCACAAAGAUGUUGGCGCAAAUCCAAGUGCGCCCAGUGGUUUCGUGCUACCUGCGCUGCGCCGGGGUUCUUACCGUUGCCGCCGUUUCCACCUUCCGACACAAGUGAGAAAGUGCGUUCCGAACGAUCGUUUCGCAAAGGGGGGUGAAGAACGAUCGCGAUCUCGAGACAAAUAAAGUGCCCGAUGCGAGUGAGGAGUUUAUACCGUUGCCGAUCGCGUUGAUCGUUGGCUCGAUCGUGGUGAUGAUGGUGGGUGCGAGCCGAUCGAUCGGGAUCGCGUAACUCUCGUCUGCGUUUACGCUCCAGUGCGCCGUCGCCGAUCUCCCCGCGUACAUUUUUCCCGCUUUUCUCGCUUUUAUUUUUCUCCCCCCCCCCCCUGCGCGAAAAAUCUGUUUAACCGAUCCCGUACGAUAUAUCGAUCGUACAUUGGUCGUACGUUGAUCGAUCGUGGACCGAUCGAGACACGAGAGAGUAAAGGAAAAAGUUGAAAAGAAACGGUGCGCGAGAAAAUUUUGGAGAAUCGGCGAGAAAUCGAUGGGAGAAGUGGAAGUGGGUGGAAAGUAUCUGGUCAACGGAGGAAGAAAAUAACGCAUAACGAGCGCUGAAUGCAAGGAUUUUGAAAGUAGCUCCAGAAGGCCAGCCCGACGCGAUGCGUCGACGCUGCUGACGCAACGCGCCUGGAUGCGUCUCACUUUAAGCACGUGAGUGAACCGUUUUCUUUCAUUUUCCACGAGCUCGAGACGUUUUUCCUCGCCCCUUUCUUCCCCUCCUCCUUCCUUCCUUCCUUCCUCCGUCCAUCCUACCAUCCCAUCCCGAUCCCGAUUAAAAAUGACUCGAAAGGGAUCGGAUGGACAAACGAUCUCCUCGUGUCCGCCCCGAUACUCGGACACUUGAACGCUUUCCACGUUGUGCCUCGUGAUCGUAUACACACGUGCGCGUUCGCCUCGAAUCCAGUCCUCUCGAUAUCCACGCGCUCUCCCGAUCACCCCCUUGGCUGCAUGCUCGGUGGUGCGGUGUGCCAGUGUGUCCCGUUGGUGGUAGUGGUCGCGAGUGCGCACGCGACGACCGGUGGUGAAUGAUCCUGACUCCGGGCUGACAAAGGUUUUCGUACACGAAUACUGGGAUGACGUCCGCUUCGGAUUACGCGCUCUCUUCACGAUCUCGUCGCUCUACAUCGUCUAACGCGCAACCAAAUGUUACCACAGCUUGCCGUUUUAGCGAAGAUUUUGUGCCUCCUGAUGGUGGUGAUGUGCGGGGCGGUGCCGGCAAUGGUGCGCUCCGUGAGUCUCUACUCGACUUGCAGCAGCGGCAAUGUUACCGUGAUGGGCCGUUUGAUCAAGGCCGUGGAACGCACCGAUCACAAUGCCCCUUACCAAAAACUUACGACCCAGUCCGAGGACUUCAGUAAAAUGUUGUACAUCUUCGCUGAGAAGAGCCAGCGAUACAUCUGCUUCAACAAGAAAUGGAAACUCGUCGGCCUGCUUAAGAAGCAAAAGGGUUAUUGUCAGUUCUACGAGGAGUACAACGGCUCGUAUCUGACGUACAGAAACGUGAAUAAUUCGCGGUAUCUCGGGUUCAACAAGUCCGGCUACCCGAUCAAGAAUCGCGGCCGGCAGGAGUGCUUCAAUUUCAUCAAGUACAAUCCCCACGCGGACAUAAACCACCACAACAGCCUGGUGAACGCGGACAUGGGCGGUAUGGGGCCGAGGGAUCCGUACGUGGUUUCGAGGAAACCGUCGCCGGCGAGGGACAACACGAAGAACUCGCUGUUGCAGGCGGACAGCACGAGGGAGACUAUCCACACGACGCAUCAUUAUCGGCACUCGAAUCGUUGGAAGAUGCGCCAAGGCGAGAAGAUGUCCGCGCCGCGGAGAUGGCCGCACGAGAGCCGCCUCUUCGUCGAGGCCAACAAGUAUUGAGCCGCGCACUGGCUCGCCGAUCAAGACUGCCUCAUCUACAUCCGUGAGAACCUGAGAUCAGACUGCCAAAUACGCUGGUGGAACGUACGGUCGAGAUGUCAGGAACCCACUAACGCGGCACCACGUGAAACGCGGCUCGAAGCACGCGCCUCGAUUGAUCGCAACGAACAAAAGCUGGCUGGCUCGCCUCGUGUCUCCUGCUCGCUUGGGUACACGCGCACACACACAUACACAUAUACACGUACACACGAAGAUACACGGAUACACACACACACACGACCAACCGCAUCUCGCUAUACGGACGACAAGCAACAACGAAAAUUCUACGUUCGCUCGAGGGACGUAGAAACGGAGAGCGUACCGAGUUGCAGGAAGACAGUCUUGUUGGCUAGAGCUUUCGUUACGCGUCGUUAAAUUCCAUUUCACACUUGCCCCCGACUGAAUCCUUUCAGGCAAGUAUGCACGAUAUAAUAUCCAUAAUUUCCCUUUCGUUCCAUCGCUAAAUUUUUGAUACUUGAUUAGUUGGAGGGUGGUCGAUUAACGAACUCGCCCGUGCCGCUCGUUUCUUAUUUCACUGUUUCACCGAUUAUCUCUCUCGAUCGUUCUCGUUGUCUCGUUUCCAGAAGAAAAAAAAAAAAGGAAAAAAAAAGAAGAAAAAAAAAUCCAGAAAAACUAGUUUGACGUACGUAAAUGAAAUAGAAUAAAAUAGAAAAAAAAAAAAAGAACCGGCAGAGGAGAAGAAAAAGUAAGAAGUAGUAGGGGAAAAAAUCCGCGUAUUCGUUUUUUAGGAUCCAGUUUAGGGGAUCGAUUUUAGCGAUGGAAGAAUAAUUAAGUACACGUUUGUUGCGCGCGAUCGGCCUAAAUCGUUGCGCAAUCGGACAGCUAUCGUGCUUCAAGCGCUGUCACAGACCGCAAUUCACGCGCGGAGAGAUGCACGAACCAAAGUAUCGUUUCGCGCAUUCCCCCACGGAAAUAUUUCCCUUUUAUUCUCAAAUUGAUCUCGAAGUUCAAGCAAAUUCACACCAAGCGUUCGACUCGAUCGAAACGACAGAGAGAAUUGAUUUAGUCGAUAUAUAUAUAUUUAGAUAUAAACGAAGAAUUUAGCGCAGCUAUAGUCACAUUACAUUUUCGAAAGAGAAGAAAGGAAAGGAAGGAAGGAAGGAAGGAAGGAAGGAAAUAUUUCCGGGGAUUAGGGGAGCGCUGAAAAGGUGUAACUCUCCGGCGUGGUCGCGCAGUAGAGCUCACGCUGCGCAAGACUCUCUCGCUCGCUGUGCUAAUUACGCCGCCUAAUGUAGCGUGCGUGCGUGCAUGCGUGCCUGCCUGCGUGUAUGAUAAUAUUAUGUGUGCGUGCGUGCGUGCGUGCCUGCCUGCUCGCGACGUACACGCAGUUCUCACCGUGUCACGUUCAUGUCGAAGCUCCGCCACGCGGUCCAAAUCUUCGGAUCGCUAUUUUAUCAACGGCUGCUCCAUUCGUCUAAGCAAUUUUUUACUAUUUUAUUCUUAAUCGAUAUUAUUUAUACACAUAUACGUGUAUAUAUACAUACGUAUAUUUAUAUAUACACAUAUAUUAAAGAGAGAGAGAGAGAGAGAGAGAGGGAGAGAAAGGGAAAAAAAGGAAAAAAAUACGCACGUGCGUGAAAGUCGAUUACUCCGAAACGCACAUACAUAUUACGCAAACGGAAUUUAUUGAGACAGAGAAUCGGUAUAUGCAUACGCUAUUUCUCGGGGAUGGGAUAAGCGUGUGAUAUAUAUAUUUUUCGUAAAUUUAUUCUGGGACGAUGUUUAGACAAACGGACGAAUAAAUAACAGGAAUAAUCUGAAUAUUUUGUACGACAUGUAUUUGAAAUACGAUUCGCGCUCUCCACGCGAAUUUUCACUUUUCGCGUUGGGAUUCGGACAAGAGGAUUCACACAAGAAAUCUAUAUUUUUCGGAUAUGGGAUGAGAGUGAGAUUAUAUUGUUGAGAGAGUAUCGGCUUAAACUGCGUGUUCGUGUACGAGCUUAAAAGUAUUUGUGUGCAUUUUCUGCGUGCGUACGUAUAUCUGCCUCUGAACGCGUGUGACUGCGUGUAAUAUAUUAUAUAUUACGACCGUUAAAAUGAAGUUAAUCCUUAGGACCGCUACUGCAGACUGUAUUACUAGGUUAGGUACACGAUAUACGACGUAACGGCGACUCAACGAAAAAAAGGAUCGGCGGACACGUUCCUCGGCCUCGAGUAUAUAACAAAUAUUAUAUACACGUUUCGUAUUUCGCGAAUUUACAACCCAAGAACGCGUUGGAUCUCCGCGAUCGAUGAAACGAAUCGCGUGAAAAGAAAAGAGAAAAAAGAGGUAUCGAGCGUCAUCCCUGAUUCCUUCGUUUUCGCAGAUUCGCCACGUAAGGGCCGCUUGCCCCUUUCUCCCAAAAAAAAAAAAAAAAAAAAACAACUCGUGCCCUAGGUAGCUUAUUUAUUGAAAUCAUGUUUAGAUUACUACAAAAAAAAAACCAAACCGCCCGAGAACACCUUUUCCUCCUAUAUAUGUACGGAAAUGUGCGCUGCUCUCUUUAUUAUUAUUUUACUUAUUCGUUAUCUUCUCGUUUUUUUUUCUUCGUUAAUCCUCCUUGAUUUUUUUUUCUUCUUUUUUCGUAAUUCUUCUUCCAACGAGACGACGAAUUUUACUCGUUGCUCUACUUCUCUAGAAGAAUUUCAUUUUUCUUCUUCCUCUUCCUCUUCUUUUCCUCCUCCUUCCUCCUCUUUCUUUGAUUGAACGUGAAACGCGCGUUUCGAGAAAAUUUUCGUUCUUACAUUCGAUCAAAUAUUAAAUAAUUUCCAUUCAUUCGUUCGCGAUAUAUCCCGUCGUCAUUUCUCUCAUAUAGUUGUACUUACUUUCCUUCUCUCCCCUUUUUAUCGUUAUCAAUCCUAAAUCCGAGAAAAAAAAUACUCAAUACCUGAUUAGUUAAUUUCGUUUUUUUCGUACGAGUGGCAGUGCGUAGAGACCCUAUUUUCGCCCUGAACGGUGUUUGUACGUGUCGCUAAAAAAAGAAAAAAAAAAAAAGAAAAAAAAAAGAAAAAAAAAAGUAGACGGCAAAUUGUUCGUAGAAACGCCACACGUCCGUCUGAUGAAUCAUGGCGGAUAAACGCGAAAGAAAUUAUUUCUCUUCGAUUCGCGUCCCUCUCAAUUAUUAUUAUUAUUAUUAUUAUUAUUAUUAUUAUUAAUACUUUUUUCUUUUUGACAAGCACUAGGAUCAUUCCGUUGACGUGCGCUCUAAUCUCUAAUCAAUCAUUUCGAAAAAGAGAAAACGAUCAAAGUUAUUCGGAAUAGUUGUUUUCGAGUUUCUCUUUUUUUUUUUUUUUUUUUAUUUUCGUUUAUUGUCGCAACACUUCGUCUAUCGGCGCGUGGCGUAUGCAGGCUAAGUUACGAAUAAAAAUUUCGCGCGCGAAACACAAAUAAAAAAAAAAAUGCAAGCAAUCGACGAUUAGAAGAAAGAAAGAAAGAAAGAAAGAAAGAAAGAAAGGAAAAAUAUCGUAACAAUUAAAAAAAUUAAUACAAAUCGUUUCGUAAUAUGCGUAAACGUAACAUCGAGUCGUGAAUUGCAGCGACGUUUGAAAUAGCAGCAGGGAAAGCGGGAAUACACCGAAUAAUUUCCGAUCGAUUUCUUCUAUUCUCGACGAGAAGAGAAGAAAAGAAAGAGAAGAAACGAACAUCGAGAAAAAGAAAGAAAGAAAGGACAAAUUAUAGAUAAAUAACGCGCAGCGAUUCUCGACCAACGUUCCUUAGAAAAUCAUCGGUUUGCUCGAUGUCAAGUCACUUGGCGUUUAGUUUUUUAUAUUCAACGAAACACAAUUCACAUUUUUUCUACGAUCAUAUUCGAUAUUUCGAAGCAAUACUAUAUAUAUAUAUAUAUAUAUACAUAGUUGCGUUUAGCAUUUUACGAGAAGCAAUUUUUGAGAAGCAAGUGUAGUUGUAUUUUUAAUAAUACGCGAUAAUAGCACAAAAAAGAAAAAAGAAAAGAAAAGAAAAAAAAAACAUUCGUCGAAUUCCCCUGUCGUUGACGCGUGCCUUGACUUCGAGCACGAUAAAACGAUUAUCGGACAAAAUUCCUCCUCCUUUGUUUUUUUUUUUUUUUUUUUUUUUUUUUUUACUUUCUCACAAUCGAUAAACGCGAACGGCAAGAAGGAAAGAAACGAAUGAAACGCAAGAGACGAAUCUGACUAUCCUAUAGAUAGAUAGUAUAUAUAUAUAUAUGUAUAAUGAAAAAAAAAGGUAAAGUACAUAUAUAUAAAUAUAUAUAUAUAUAAAUAUAUAAAUAUAAAUAAAAUAUAAAUAUAUAUACGAAAGAUGAUGUGUAUUGUAAGAUAUUUAAUACCGACUUGUCUUAAGCACACCACACGAUGAUCGAUUGCGAUGAAACGACGAUAAUAAUAAUAAUUAUUACGAUGAUUGUUGUAUAACGAACGACGACGACGAUGAUGAUGAUGAUGAUAAUGUUAUUCUACAUUGUAAUUCGCGUUGUAAUAUAGAGGCCCACCUGUUACCUACUAAAUCGAUGUGUCGAUGUAUCCCGGACGUGCUUCGUUCGUACACGCGUCGAGGGAAAUCGGGAAUUGCGUUUCCAUGAACGAGGGAGGAACGUUGGACAUCGGCCAGUGAGUCAGAACUUUCUGAUUUUUCUAUGAGGAACACCGAACGAGCCGUUAUCUGGUCGAUGUCCAACGACCUCUGUCAUCCGAGUUAAACGAAAUCGUUUACGAUUCUCAGUAUUAAUCGUAUCGAGAAAUGUUGGUUCCGUUUGUGAAGCAAGCUCGUUACUACGAGUGCAGCACGCCCGGAGCAACUAGCAAUAAUAUAAACAUUCCAACUUAAAUCGCAUACGUACUGCGAAUUCUAAUAAUGUGUGCCGCCGUACGAGAGAGAAAAAAAACACUGUCAAAUACACGCUCAUACACUGCUA